UCAAUGCUUCCUCGGUUCUUUUUUUCUGUGGAAUCAGUCAGUCCAACUGCAGUUUGCCUUUAAGUCUCAGUAACUUGCUGAGUUGGUUCAAACUUGAAAGAAAAGUCCAAAUUCUAUGGUUGCCAGGAAAUAGUGCUUUGUGAUUGUACUCUUCCAUCGAACUGUUGGAUGUUUCUGUCUUGACUUAACUUGAUUGCGACCUGUCAACACACAGGUUUUAUUAUUUCUGAAAAACUGCUGUAGUUAUGUCUACAUACGCUCAAUCCAUUAUUCCCCUAUUACAUCAAGCACUAAUUUUCAUGAAGAGCUGUGACUAUAGUUAUACAAUCUUUUGCAUCACCAAUUUCAAAAUUCGUCUUCACUGAGAUCUGAAGGAAUUUAAUCUAAGAAAGGGUGAUGGCUGGCAUGGAGGAUACUCUGCAGGCACUUAACGACCUGAUUUCCCAAUUUCUCUGCUUGAAUCGGCCCCUCUGGUCUAGUUCUGAUGAUGCUGAUGCCUUCUUAGAAGCUGUGGAUGAACUAACUUCCACCAUCCACAGCCUUGAAAGCAUGUCAGCGGACCAUAUCCUCCUUGAGAGUUUUGACCAUCUUCUAGAGCGUUGUUCCUUGAGGCUUGGAGAAGAGUUGCAGCACCUGAUUGAUGCAUCUGGCUUCGAUACCAACUGCAGCUACCCCAACACCAGGAAAAGCCAUGAUGAUGAUGAUGAUAGGCACACCCUUGUAGCCCAGCCAGUUAGCAACUUCGACAUCAUUGUUGAUGCUUUACCUGAGGGCGUAAUCUUUGAGGCAAACCGAAUUGCAAAGAGGAUGGUUGCCGCUGGUUUUGGUGAUUCAUGUGCUGAGACCUAUGCUUCUUCACGCCUCAACUUCAUUGAUGAGAGCAUUGCACGCCUUGGGGUUCAUGCUCACAUGGCAGAGAUGUUCAAGUCAGCAUCGUGGGAGGAGCUUGAGAUUCAAAUCAUGUGCUGGAUCCCUGCAAUUCGUGUUGUGUUUCACAUCUUGAUCCCAAGUGAAAGACACCUGUGUGAUAGCAUUUUUGAGGGUUUCACAUCCUACAGUGACGUUGCUUUUGUCACUGCGUGUCAUCCAUUUCUCCAACUCCUAUCCUUCGGAAAUUUUAUUGCCGCUGCUGGAAAAAAUCCAGAAUGUCUAUUCCGCAUAGUUGAUAUGUAUGAUGCUGUACGUGAUAUACUUCCUGUUCUUGAUGAUGCUUUUAAUCCUGAAGUAGCUGCUCUUCGUGAAUGCCUCGGAUUGUCAAUUAAGGCCAUCUUAAUGGCUCUUGAAAACCUAGUACGACGUGAUCCAAGUGAGUCUUGUCCACUAGAUGGUGGAGUGCAUCCAAUGACAAGGUAUGUGAUGAACUACCUUGUGACAGCAUGUGUUUCUCGCCAUACUUUGGAAGAAGUGAUGCUAUUAGAGUUUGGUAGUUCUGAUCCUUCUGGAAACUGUCCAAUAGAACCUGAUCGUCCAACAUCAUCACUGGCAAUCCACCUUGCUUGGAUUGUGGAUGUGCUCACGGGAAAUCUUGUUUCAAAAUCCAAGGUUUAUAGCCAUGCUCCUCUCAGUUGUGUCUUCCUGGUUAACAAUGGGAUCUAUAUAAUCAAGAAAGUCAAUGGUUGUGAACUCAAGGUCUUGCUGGGUGAGGAUUGGAUCAAGGUAAUACAUUCAAAGGUUAACCAAUGGAUUUUGGAAUACCGACGGGCUACCUGGGGUAAGGCUAUCAUGAUACUUGAGAUGGACAAAAGGUUUUGCAGCAACGUGAAUGUUAUUACAGAGAAGCUGAGCCGUUUUAACAACUUUGUAGAAGCAAUUUGCCAAGUGCAGUCACGGUGGGUCUUGGUGGAUAAGCAGCAAGGAGUGGAUUUUAGCAUUUUAGUGGAGGAGCUGGUAAUUCCAGCCUACAGGGAUAUGGCUGAGAUGUUGAAGGCAACAGGAUCUGCAGGAGAGUCAUAUAUGCGACUUGAGGAUGUGAGAUCACGAAUUCAGCAGUUGUUCAAAGCAAUGACCAGCCAAAUGGUGGAAGACCUGCCAAGCAGAACUGCCUCCCACCCAGGCUAAACAGUUCCUGCAUUCCAAAGCCUGUGCUAUCCGGAGUACACUAUCCUGGUAUUCACCUAUGUUCAUCUUCUUCCUCUUUAAGGAACGAUAAUAACGUGUGAAGUCAUUGGUUCCUGAGCUGAUAAAUAUCAGGGAGUUCUCUAUGAUCCUGGAAGCCUCCUCCUCUCCGACGAUGUUCCUGAGCCGGAGGAGGUACUCCUUGAAGAGGUUCACCUGUUUCGACAUUGGCAGGGUAUUGGACAAGCGUGACGUCUGGUCUUCAAAUCCUGAACCAGCCGACGCGAAGUUCACCCCGGUCAUGAUGUCAUUGUUGGACAGGUCCUUCUCCAGGAAUGGUGGUGAGAAUUCUUUGAGCUGCAGCUUCUCAUUGAGGAGGUCUGGAACAAGCCGGCCAUUGGAGAACCUCCCUGUUGGCUUUCUUCCUGGGAAGUUCCUGCCGUAAGGAGCAUGGUUUCCCACAGCCAAUGUUGGGAUAUAAUUGUUGUUGCCGGUGUCGAGAACGGAGUCGCCAAAGUAGAAGAUAGCCGAGAACUUUGGCUGAGUUCUCUUGGAGGUGGAAAUGGUGGUGGUGGAGGAAAGGAGGAGCACUACUAGGAGUAGAAUGGUGUGCGCCAUGAGAAGGAACCCCUUGCCUUGGUUUUAAUACUCUCCAGACUCCAGUUGGUUCUUUGUUAUAUUUCCAGGGGGGUAAUACAUGCCUAAUAAAUUGGGGAAAUAUUUAGCUGAUUCGCAGUAAGUAAUGCAUAUCUCCCGGAUAUGUACUAUUUAAUGUUUUCUUUUGCAUGAAACUGCUGUCCUUUUUCUUGACUCGAGUUGGUUGUUUUUGGCA